GGUGGCACAGGUGAGUGACAGAAGUGGUUGGCUCAGAUAUCUGUUGAUGAGAAAAAUAAAAAAAUGUCGACAAGAAGAAACAGUAUCAACUAAAUAUCUGGCAGGAGUAACUGAGUAAGAUUUACUUGAUCAACAUUUUGAAUUUUGAAGCAUUCGAUUCCUCCAGUUGCUGGUUUUACAUGUUUAUAUACGUCGCGCUAAACCGCGGGAAUCCGAUGUCAUUAUGAACGAAUCUCGGUUGACCAAAGAUGUUCUGAAGAAGAUUACUGGUGAAUUUGAUAUAACUAGCAUCAUAAAACUGAAUGCUCAAAAUUUUGGUAUUUGUCAUCUGGGUGAGAUUGACGAAUGUCAAGGAUUGAUGUAUUUGAAUCUUUCUGAAAACAGAAUUUCAAACUUAACAUUAUUAGCUAACCUUAAAGAUUUAACAUGUCUUGAUUUGUCUGAAAAUCAGAUAUCCUGCUUAGAUGGUUUGGAAGGUUUAGUGAGUUUAGAAGUUUUGGAUGUAUCAGGAAAUCUCAUUUCAAGCAUUGAAUCGUUACAUCCACUUGUAAAUUUAAAGUUUUUGGAAAAUUUAUGUUUGCUUGACAAAAAGAAGUGUUUGACAAAUCCAGUGUGUCAAACACAACCAAAAUACAAGAUUUGUGUAUGCACAUUGCUCCCAAAUAUUUCCAUGCUUGAUGGUGAGAAGAUUGUUGGUCAGGGCUCAGAAGUUUUUAAAGUUUUUGGAAACUUAGCAGAAAAACUUGAUGAUCUUGAACACAAUAAGAACAAUGAUAACGAUCUACAUAUGGCCGAGAAAUUAAAGAAUUUGGACACAAAGCAAAAUGCCAUAUUGUCGGUGAAAACAGCACAGAAAGUGGCUUGGACAUCUGAACAACAAUUCAAUGAUUUAUUAACGGAAUGCAGAAGUCUAAAUGAAGAAGCAGAGAAGGCAAUUUUGAAUGCAAAACAGGCUUUGUGGGGUGAUCCAUGAGUGAAACAGGAACAUGACAUUCAUUGAGCUAAUUAAGGUUUUUGUUUAGACUUGAUAUCAAGGUUGUUAAGUUAUCUUUUUUAAUUUGAAGUUCUUUGGCUAGUUUGUUUAUCUUUAAAGUGGACUGCUUCAGAUUUUUAUUUUGUUGUAAAAAAUGAGAAACCUUAGCACAAGUAUUGUUUACAUCUUGAACUUCUUCCUGUCUUCUUUGGUCAUGAUUCUGUAUUUGAUCUUUGUUGCAUUCUUGCACUUGCCCAUCUAAAUCAAAUUAUCAGAAAUCACUUAUUGAAACAUCCUUUAGCACCCAAUGUACCAAGUGAUCUCCCAAGUUUAACAUGGAAGAAAUUGUGAUAUUUCAAGAAUAGGUUUUACAAAAUCUGACUGUAUAUGAGUCAAUAAAACGUUGUGUUUCUGAUUUACCAUA